AUGGCAGAGGGACUAGGUAGGGCUGCUGCUGCUGAGUGCAGCAGCAACGGGAGUGGCAGCAGCAAUGGCAGCAGCAGCAGCUGCUGCAGCAGCACGAACACAGAAGCCGCGACGAGCCGCCGAGGCAUACAUGCAACAGUGCCUCAGCAGCAGCAGCUGCUGCUGCUGCAGCUCUCUUCCCAAAUUAAAAGCAAAAUAAACAUCAAAUGGCUUUUCAGCCGUCUUCUUGUGCCUGCCCGCGGAAGUGGCGAGGCGGGAAACAAGUGCGAUGUGGACUUAGCAGCAGCAGCAACAGCAACAGCAGCAGCAACAGCAACAACAGCACGAGACCGUUGUGAAUUGCUUCCUCACUCCUGUUGCGUGCUCGGUGCGUUCACACGGGAGGUCCAUCAAGGGCGGCAGCAGCAGCAGCAGCAGCAGCAGCAGCUGUUGCUGCUGCUGGCCUUUGAAGACGGCCUGCGGGAGGCGGUUGCUGCUGCGCAGCACCAACCGAUGGAAAACUUUCGGCUGCCCGCGGGACAAAGACAUUCGCUAGCAACAGCAGCAGCAGCUGCUGCUCGUGCUGCAGCAGCUGCUGCGGGCCAUCUUACCAGCAACAGCGAAGCAUACAACAGCAUAGGAGGCACAAGCGUCACUUCCUUAUGCAGCUCGGAGGCAACUAUUCCUUUUGGCUACAAGCCCUCUUCAGGCAUUUCAUUAGCACAGAAGAAGCAGCAGCUGCAGCUGCAGCAGCAGCAGCAGCAGCAGCCGCAGCCGCAACGCGAUAAUGCACAGGAGUUUGAGCGCCAAGGCCACACUCAGUGCCUUGAGUCGUUUGCCUCUGUAAUAUCAACUGAAGGGGCGAGCUCGCAGCACGCGCAGCAGCAGCUGCUGCUGCAGCAGCAGCUGCAGCAGCAGCAGCAGCAUCCCAUGGCCUCAGCCGCAGCGCAGCAAGUGCGAGCCUCUUCAGCCGGAGCUGCAAGAAGCGACGGCGCCCGAGAGGGUCUUUUUGCUGCUGCUUGUGUCCCGCUGCAGCAGCAGCAGCAUGGGAUUGCAUCUACUGUGCAGCAUUUGGCUGCGUGGGAAGCAACUACGAAUGAAGGAGGCAGCAGCACGAGGGCUCGCAGCUGCAGCGGCAGCAGCAGCAGCAGCAGCAGCCGCCACGUGGGACCCAACCUGUUCGAGUCUGCACUAAGGGCAGACGAGUCGGCAGAUGAAGGCGCUUCAGCAGCACACAGUCCCCCCUCCCCUGUUGCUGCUGCAACACUACCAGAGGGGGCAACAGAGGCAGCAAAAGCAGCAACCCAAGCCCCAGCAGCAGCUGCAGCAGCAGCAGCUGCAGCAGCAGCUGCCCGGGGGACGCACCCAAAGGCAUCGCCGAGGCCCCUAGCGCCUCCCCAAAGAAAGCCUUCGUAUGUAGACGGAGCAGGGGACGCAGACUGGGUAGCGUCGAGCGGCGAAGCAAGGCAGCAGCAGCAGCAACAACAACAGCAGCAGCAGCAGCAGCAGCAGCAGCAGCAGCAGCAGCGCCCCCAUCAGGAUGGCCUGGUGCGCCUGACGUCCAGGACAGCAACAUCAGGCAUCUACAGCCGCAUUUUGAGGCAGCGAGCUACUUCAAGUGCAGCAAAUGCUGCAGCAGCAGCGGCGAGCAAGGGAGCAGCAGGAGCAGCACAGGCUGCCACAGCUAACCCAGAAGACGAAGAAGUGGUCGAAACCUUUCUGCUGCAGCAGCGCCGCUCGCAGCCGCAGCUAUCUCGUGUGGCGCAGCAGUUCGUGGGCAGCAUCAAGCCAGAGGCAGCAGCACUUGCAAGACGCGCUGCAGCAGCAGCAGCAGCAGCAGCAGCAGCAGCAGCAGAACAGCCGGCGCCCUCAAACCGGCCUGCCCGCGUCGUAGCCAGGAAGCGGGACCCCACAAGUCACUCUUCCGCUGCAGCAGAUGGAAGCAACUUGGGGCACACAGGUGAAGCAGCAGACGCUGCAGCAAGCCCGUGUUCUGUUUCGCAGUCUCCCUCCCUGCAGCUGCAGCAGCAGCAGCACCAGCAGCAGAGAGCCUCACUGAAGCGCGAAAAGCUGCGCGGAUCUAUGGGGCUGAGUCACAACGACAGUCAAAGCACUCGGGUGACAUCUCGAGGGACAGUGAGUGCUGAGGGUUCUGCAGCUUCAACAGCAACAGCAGCAGCAGCAGCAGCAGGAGUUGGGGCAGCAGCAGCACUGGGUCGGCAACAGGCAGUGUCUUCGACUCCGCGGGAAGCAGCAGUGCGCUGCUCGCCGCCGCUUUCUCCUGCUGCUGUGCUGCAGCACUUUGGCUGGCAGCUAACUCCUUGGGAAUGCAGAGAAGUUUUGGAAUAUCCUGUAGUUUGGUACUGGGGAGCUCUUCGGGAAAGGCCUGCGGGAGGAGAGCAGGCUUCGCUGUACGGGGGCCCCUACACUGCUGCUGCAGCAAUUGCUGCAGCGGGUGCUGCUGCUGGGGAUGCUGCUGCUGCUACUGCGUCUGCUGGGGAGGCAGCGGAGCGGGCGGCGCAGGGGUGCCGCGAAGGAGCUGGGGGUGAGUCCGAGGAAGCUGCUGCUGCUGCAGAUGCGUGGAGCCCGUGCAGCAACAGCAGCAGCAGCAGCGUGGGGGGCCAGCGGAUGAGCAGCAGCAACCGGCAGCUAAUGAACGCGACGAGCAACAGCGCAUGCAGCUACUUCUGCGACGCGGACGGGGACUACAUUGUGUCUCAAAACGACCACAUUUGCUACCGAUUUCAGCUGCUGCAGACUCUGGGAACUGGGUCUUUUGGCCAAGUGUUUCGAGCCUUAGACCACAAAACUGGAGAAGAAGUUGCAGUGAAGAUUCUGAAAAACAAAAGCAACUUCCAUGCACAAGGCCGGGAAGAAGUGAACGUGCUGCAGCAGCUGGCUGCGCUGGACCAGGCGGGCAAAGCCCACGUGGUGCACAUGGGGGAAAGCAUGAUGUUUCGGGGCCACUUGGUGUUAACUUUUGAACUGCUGAGUCACAACUUGUAUGCUUUUCUGAAACACAACAAGUUCCAAGGCUUUUCGCCGCUGGCCGUGCGCAGCGUGGCCAUUCAGCUGCUGCAGGCGCUGCGGCUGCUGCGCAAAGCCAAGAUCGUGCACUGCGACUUGAAGCCCGAGAACAUAGCGCUCGUGGCGGGGCGCAAGAGCACAGUGAAGCUGAUUGACUUCGGCAGCAGCUGCAGAGAAGGCCGGCAGCAGCACAACGCGUACAUUCAGUCCAGGUACUACCGCUGCCCCGAAGUGCUGCUGGGGCUCCCCUACGGGCCCCCCAUAGACAUGUGGUCUUUGGGCUGCGUGCUGGCGGAGCUGCACACGGGCACUCCGCUCUUUCCGGGGGUUGACGAGUCUGACCAGCUGCAGACAAUUGCUGCAGUCCUCGGCAUGCCCCCGCUGCAGCUGGUUCUCCGUUCGCCCCGCCGCGGCUUCUUCUUCGAAAGAAACAGGGAGGGCGCUCUCGUCUUCCGCGCCUUCAGCCGCCCCAGACGCAGCAGCAACGCCGGCAGCAGCAGCAGCAGCACCCGCAGAGCCCCACACCAGUACCUUUCCCUCGAAGAAGCUGUAGAGCCGGCAGAAGCUACUUUCGUCGAUUUCCUAAAGGGAUGCCUUUGCUGGGAAGCAGCUGAUCGCCUGACACCCAGAGAAGCACUCGACCACCCCUGGCUCAAGGAAUUCCGCUUCCUGCGAGAGCGCCGAGUGCAUUAG